AUGAAAGGUGCUGACAUCGGUGUAGGAUGGGUUGACCAGAAAGGCAGUGUAUAUAUUCAAGAUCGCUAUGCAUUCGCCAAUGAACGUCCUAUGGUUGAUAAUACCACGAUUGAUUGGUUUGCUCUUCAAGGUCGUGAAAUGAGUGGAUGGACAGUCAUUCAAUUCAAACGUUUACUAGACACUUGUGAUCUCAUGGAUGUUCCAAUCAAGUCUGGUACUAAUAAUCUUAUUUUUGCUUAUGGUCUUGCCGAUCCUACUCCGUCAGAAUCAAAUGGUGAAAUCUCUUAUCAUGAAAAUCGACGUGGUUCACGUGCUCUUUCUCUUCGAUCAUAUGCUGAUCCACCAACUGAAGACAUAUUUGCUGGACUUGACUACUUCGAUUUUUGUUUGAAUAAUGCAUGUCACAUUUCAAUGUCUUAUUAA